UAUCCGCUGCUGGAAAGAGGGAGGGGGAACAGAGGGACGGCUGGACUCCAUUAAACCGAAGCCCUGCAGGAAAACUGUUUGGGAUACUUCACUUCUCCAGCGACUUGUGCUGCGAUUUCUCCCAGUUUAUUUCUCCCUAAAAGGCUUCAUACAUGAUUUAAACAGGGGGAACUUCUGCUUUGCCGUGUAGUCGACUGUUUUAGUGUGUUUUACUUUCGUCUUUGUGAAGGAUGGCGCUGGACGGAAUCCGGAUGCCCGAUGGCUGUUACGCUGACGGGACGUGGGAACUAAAGAUGAACGUUACUGACCUCAACAGGGACGUGUCGCUGAGGGUCACAGGGGAAAUUCACAUCGGUGGGGUCAUGCUCAAACUGGUGGAGAAACUAGAUUUGAAGAAGGACUGGUCAGACCACGCACUAUGGUGGGAGAAGAAGAAGACAUGGCUCCUGAAAACCCACUGGACGUUGGACAAGUACGGCAUUCAAGCCGACGCCAGGCUGCUCUUCACUCCUCAGCACAAGCUGCUGCGUCUCCAGCUGCCCAAUAUGAAGCACAUGAAGGUCAAGGUCAACUUCUCGGACCGCGUCUUCAAGGCCGUGUCAGACAUCUGCAAAACUUUCAAUAUCCGUCACCCGGAGGAGUUGUCUCUACUACGUAAACCUCGUGAUCCCAAGAAGAAAAAGAAAAAGUUGGAAGAAAUAGAGGAAGAUGACCUUGAGCUGGAGGGUCCACUGUUGACCCCUGGAUCAGACUCUGAGGUUAUUUACAUCGGACCUGUUAAAGGGAGCAUCUACUCAAGUCCGGGCUUGUACAGCAAGACCAUGACUCCCACCUACGACUCCAGGGACGGCAGCCCACUCUCACCCACCUCUGCUUGGUUUGGAGAUAGCCCACUGUCUGAAGGCAAUCCCAGUAUCCUCGCUGUCAGCCAGCCAAUCUCCUCACCAGAAAUCCUGGUGAAAAUGUACAAGCCCCAGUCCCUGCUGGACAAAGCCAAAAUCAACCAGGGGUGGUUGGACUCUUCCAGGUCUCUGAUGGAGCAGGAUGUGAAGGAGAACGAGGUUCUGCUGCUGAGGUUUAAAUACCACAGUUUCUUUGAUCUCAACCCUAAGUACGAUGCCAUCCGAGUUAACCAGCUCUAUGAACAAGCCAAGUGGGCUAUCCUGUUGGAGGAAAUCGAGUGCACGGAAGAGGAAAUGAUGAUGUUUGCCGCCCUGCAGUACCACAUCAACAAGCUGUCCAUCAUGUCCUCGGACAACCACAUGAACAACAGUGAGAAGGAGGUGGACGAGGUGGAUGCAGCCCUGUCAGAUCUGGAGAUCACUUUGGAGGGAGGGAAGACGUCCAACACACUGGGUGAUAUCACAUCUAUUCCUGAGUUAGCCGACUACGUCAAAGUCUUCAAACCUAAAAAACUGACGCUGAAGGGCUACAAACAGUACUGGUGCACGUUCAAGGACAUCACAAUCUCCUGUUACAAGAGUAAAGAGGAGGCACACGGAACACCGGCUCACCAAAUGAACCUCAGAGGUUGUGAGGUAACUCCAGAUGUGAACAUCUCGGGUCAGAAAUUUAACAUCAAGUUGCUAAUCCCUGUAGCUGAUGGCAUGAAUGAGAUCUGGCUUCGAUGCGACACGGAGAAACAGUACGCCCACUGGAUGGCUGCAUGUCGCCUGGCGUCCAAAGGCAAGACCAUGGCCGACAGCUCUUACAACCUGGAGGUCCAGAACAUUCUGUCCUUCCUGAAGAUGCAGCAUAUGAACCCUGACCCACAGUUCAUUGAGCCAAUCACCACAGACAUCAACCCAGAAUGUCUGGUGUCUCCACGCUACCUGAAGAAGUACAAGAACAAGCAGCCAGGCUAUAUCAGGGACCUGAUCUCAGCCCGGAUCCUUGAAGCCCAUCAGAACGUGGCCCAGAUGAGUCUCAUUGAAGCCAAAAUGCGUUUCAUCCAGGCCUGGCAGUCACUGCCGGAGUUUGGAAUCACUCACUUCCUGGCCAAGUUCCAGGGUGUAAAGCGAGAGGAGCUGAUUGGUAUCACCUACAACCGUCUGAUCAGGAUGGAUGCCAGCAACGGCGAUGCCAUCAAGACCUGGCGUUUCAGCAACAUGAAGCAGUGGAACGUCAACUGGGAGAUCAAGAUGGUGACAGUUGAGUUUGCGGACGAGCCCAGCCUGUCGUUCGUCUGCGCCGAGGUGGACUGUAAGGUGGUCCACGAGUUCAUCGGCGGCUACAUCUUCCUGUCCACACGUGCCAAGGACCAGAACGAGUCCCUAGAUGAGGAGAUGUUCUAUAAGCUGACGAGCGGCUGGGUCUGAGCUGCCCGCCAGGAGGUCAACCCUUAGGUCAAGGGGCUGGGGGAGGGGGGGCGCUUGAAUAGGAUUAUUUUAUUCUACUUUUCUCCGUUCUUUUGCAGCUGCGCGGAUGAGUCCAUAACCGCACGGCUUUAUGAUAAAGAUACUGUUUUUAUGGUUUUGUUACCGCUGACGAGGUCAUUGUUACGACACUAACCUGUGCUGAAGUCCAGACCGGCUGAACUCUGACCCUCACUUCUCCAGGUUAAACCUAAGCCUUAAACAAACCCCAUGUUUGUCUCUCACCCACGCCCACCUGCUUCCUCUCCUCCACCUGGAUGAAUGACCAUCGUCUUGUGUCCAUGACUUACCCUUUAAAAAAAAACAAACAAUCAAAACAACAAAGUUUAAUCCCAAAGAUUAUCAUUCAUCUUUCUUCUCACUUCAUCUUUUCUGUCCCUUUUUUCUCUCUUCUCCUGUAACUGGACUGAAGGAGUCAACGUUAUUUUGUGCCACAGAAAAACUCACAUCUAUUACUUAUUUAUCCUGAUGGAGGGGUCGUCCUCAGAGUCUGAUCCAGGGGGUAAACACCAGUAAAUACCCCACGAUUGAUAUGAAGGUUUUAAAAAUCGAAUCUUUAGAGUCGUGUGUUAGCACUUGUGCAGUAUCCAGUCCUGUUUAUGAAUAAGCUGUUUUUAACUUGUUUUUUUUUAACUUUUCAUUCUCAUCUCUUGUUUCACAAGUGAAGUCCAGUUUCUCUGUAGCGUCUAACUGUAACAGCUGCGACACACACGUGUGACUCUGAGAGCUCGGAGUUGAAGGACCUGUUUUUUUUUUAACAUGUUAAAUAUGUUAGAGUUCUUCUUGAAGAACAUGCUCAAAAUAUCAUGACAAAUGAUGUGCAACAUCAGCCCCUGUGUUUCAAAAACCAGAACAAGAAGAAGUACCAAAUCUUUUUUUUUUUUAGCCACUGGUCGUACUCCAUUACUGUAAACACCAGUAUUACAUGUUACAAAAACCAAUGUUUCCCAGUUCUUUAUUGUUUUUAACAGACAACAUUUUGUUAACGAUGUCUUUAGACAAAUUACACUAAGCCGCACAGGUUCUUAGGCUGCAUAGAAGAAACAGACGUAGGAACAAGUAUAAAGACACUGAUUUGUUCUCUGACCUCAGAAUACACACAUUAAAAAAAAAAUCUCCAGGAUUGUUUUAUGUCUGUUUACAAUUUUCAUCUAUACAGGAUUGGGAUUUACAAAAAGCAAACAGUUAACUGAAACAGUUAGGUAACAGUUGUCACAUUUUCUUAGAAUUCAACCUCUUUUUUUUUUCUUCAAACGGUAAAGUUUAAAGUUAACACCUACGUCCAUUUCUUAUAUACGGUCUAUGAUGUCGACAUUAUAAGAUCAUGUUUUCCCACAUUUCAGCAUUAAUGAAACUUUUUAACUAAGAUUAUUAGAUUAUGUCCCUAAAUUAUGAAUGGCAUCUACAUUUAAAAAUGUCUCACCCCAUCGUAGCGUUAAUAUUUAAAGACUUGACGUGAGGCUAAAUGAAUUAUUGUCCAAAAUUAACCCUGACUCUGUCCUGGAGACAUGAAUUUUUCAUUUUCUCACCACAGAGUGUAUAUGAGAGAGUGGAGUGUCCAGCUGCAUCAAUGUUUCAUCGGAUCUGUGUGUGUGUGUGUGUGUGUUCUUUUCAAAUCCUCCAGGCAUCUGCCCUUGCUUUAGUCCACUUACACUACACGAGGACCUGAAGUCCCUCAGGUUCUUGUUCUACCACCUUGUUGUUGUUUUACUUUUACUUUUUUUUUGCCUUUUUCACACCAUAUAGUAUUAAUAUUGUUAUUAUUAUUCUUAAUUUUAUCAUUACACACCAGCAGAGGUCACUGAGUUUGAAGAACGAAUAGUGGAAUAGUGUUUGUUUUCUUCUGUCCUCAGUAUGAAGGAUUAGUCGAUUAUUUUUUGUAACUAAUGUAAAAAAAAAACACACACAAACGUUUUAUAGAAAUUGUACAGUUUUCCUGCAUUUUUUUUUUUUUUUUUUUUUGAAGGGAGGGUUUUUUUUUUUUUCAUCAGGGGAAAAAAAACAAUGGGGAGGGUGUCCAACAUGUAGUGUUCAGAAAUGUGCCUGCUUAUGUUGUGGUCUUUCAGAUGAAGAUAUAUAUGGAUUUACAUAAAUGAAGAUAACACUAGUCUCAAACUCCAGGUUUGAUGAAGAUGUUUAUCGAGUACAUAUAUUAUUUUUCUUAAUGUUGCCUUUUCAAGUUUUUUUCUUAUUAUUAUUGCUUAAUUUUAUUUUAUUGUUUGUUUGUUUUUUUUCUUCCUUCUCCUCUGAACAUUUGUGGCCUUGCAUUUGUCGCUGCAAAAUUUCGGUCUUGCUCAGGGCCGUUUCUUUAUAAACACAUUGCCUUACUGUCACGAUGAAGUGUGACCUGUGAUCAUGUCCAUAUGAAGGAGACUCAGUGUUUAGACCCAGAAGUUUGAGACAAAUCAGCAUUUAAAAAAAAAAAAAAGCCAACAGAGUUAAGA